AAAAGAAUUACAAGCUCGUCGUAAUUCAUCACAAUUUGUGACCAAGUAAGCAUGCCGCCUUCAACGACAACAGAUGAUUGCAGUAUUAGGUGGGAGUGGGUGGUAUUCUUGAUGAUACUUUAUCCCUUGGUCAUUUUUGGUAUUGCAUAUAUUAUUGAUGAUAUCUGUCAGCCGAUUCCAGACGUUCGCAUCUAUGAUUUCACGCUUUCACCCAAUCCCACCGGCAACCGCAGCAGCACCGCGGCAUCCCCGCCGCUCGCCGCCAACUGCACCGUCGUUUUGGCUUUCGACAACAACAAUGCGGACGGAGAAUUUUACUACAAGGUUAAUCAGUACGAUGAGGUCGAGUUGUCGGUCGUCGUAGGCGGCCGUAACGAGACGUUAGCGCGGGCCCACGCGGAAACUUUCUGGCAGGGUAAUGCCGAGCAAAAGCCGUUGGCGGUGACUAUGAAUCAUUUUUCCGUCCCGGCGGAUUUGCAAUCAACGGCGGUGGUUUACACGUUCACCGUUAACGUGAAAAGUAGGGUUAGGGAGAAUCCUGGAGCGAACGACGAGAAAGCCUUUUACAUAAAGGCCACGUGCGAUGACGUAAGGGUCGGGUUUGGGUCAACGCAAGGCGCUGACCGCAUUGGGACGAUGUUAGAAGCACCGCGGAAGUGUAGGGUUGUGAAAUUGAAGUCAAGAUUCAUCAUUUAAAUUUUAGAUGAAUUUGAAUAGAUUUAUAGUUUAGGGUCAUUUUGUUGUUUCUGGCAAAUUAAUUUAAUUUAUUGGUUUCAUUCUGUCAAAUUUCUGCCUAUAUUUACGUAUUACAGUAGUUCAUAUCAAUCAAUUAAUUAAUACUAUCGUAUAUUUUCGAUCUAGG